AUGCUGUAUGAGGGCCGCAUCCUUACCUUUGCUGCGGAGCCCCCGUGCACCACGUUCUCGCCUGCCGCUCACCCCGCUGUCCGCUCCUACCGUCAGCCUAUCGGCUUCAAUCGGUCAGAUCCCAAGACACGCUUGGGCAACCUGCUGGCCUUCCGCUGUAUGCUACUUAUGUUGGUAGGGCUCCGCGUAGAAGCUCCUGGCGGGCUAGAGCAGCCCCGCCUGUCUAAGAUGGCUUGGCUGCAGGAGUGGUCUCGCCGCUUGGCGCUUGGAGCCGCCGAGACCUGGUUUGCCUCUUGUGCCUACCAUGACCCUGCCCUCGAUGGUGUCGUCGUCUACCGCAAGGAAUUCCGUUGGAUGACCGUAGGCUUUCCCGAGUUCACUGAGAUGGCGGCGCGCUGUCCUAACACGCGGCGCCAUCGCGCCCACACGCGCGCGAUUAUCGAGGGAGCGGCUACCAAAUAUACUGCUACAUAUACUCGUGGGGUCGUCGUGGCAUUGGGAGCUCGGUACUUGGAGGCUAUCAGACGGCGUCGAGAGGUAGGCGAUACUAUGCGGCCCCCGGUGAGCUCUGAGCGGCUUGUGAUCAACGAGCUGCUGAUGUCGGGGUCUUGGGAAGAGCUCAGGAGAUGGGCUUGGAGGUCCCCGGGGCACAUUAACAUCCUGGAGUCGAAUGCCGUGGUGAAUCUCUUGGAGGGUCUCAUUCGUAAUGGUGGAGAUCGUAGGUUCGCUGCGCUUAUUGAUUCCAGAGUCACGUUGUGUUCUCAGGCGAAGGGGCGGUCCUCGAGCAGGGCGUUGACUCGCCCUCUGGAGAAGUCCUGCGCCCUGCAGAUCGCCGGGUCCCUCUACCCCUCCUACUCCUUUGCCCCCUCGCGGCUCAACGUUGCAGACGACCCGACGCGGCACCAGGCGGUCCGCGCAGCAUGCCGCCCGAGGCCUGACUGGCUGGAACACGCGGACCUGCUGGACUGGCUGCUGACGCGGCUACCCACGGCCAAGACCUGCGCUGCGUGGAUGCGGCUCGUCUGCCUGCUGCUGGGGAGCAGCGGACUUCGAGCGCUGCGGACCGCCCUUGCCGAUGGGGCGUCGCCUGCCCCCAGCUCCCGCCCUCUGCGGGGUGCCUGGGCAGGGCUCGUGCGGAGGCCGCUGGACGGCGUCUGGAGUGGCUCGCGUCCCAGUGAAGUCGGAGAAGAGUGA